UGACGAUUCGAUAAAAUUCUCCGACUGUUCUUUUCGCCUGGAGUUCAGUCUCGAAAAUUUCUCGAAUUACGUGAUUGUUGAACGCUCGUAGGAAGCAGUGAAAUUGUGACAGUUUCAUCGAUCGAUAAUUGACGAAAUAGGAGAGGAGAAAGUUGAAGGAGUGAGAGUAGAAAUUUCGGAUUAUGGGGAACGAAGACAGUGGCUGGGUGUUCGACUCCCUCGUGGGGUUCCUCAAAGGGCCCAUCUGGUCGUCCCCACUGCUGACGUUCGUCGAGGAGAGAUCAAUCAUUUUCGAGCCUGAAAUGGAGGACAACAAGGAGUACUUCGAGGCUUACCAAGAAUAUAAGAACUUGGUGGAUCUUCUGUUGGGUUCUUACAUGGAGGAUAUGGGAAUAACGCCCGAACAAUUCGAGCAUGCUUGCACUGUAAACAAACAGACGAAAAUACCAGUGCAGUUUCAACAGAGCCUGUUCGAACAAAUUUGGGCUGCGAACGAGUACCUGGUCUUCAAGCGAAUGAUGAUACAAAAAAAUUUGGAACUCCAGUUGCAAGCUCUCAGCAUGAUUGAACAGAAAUUCGGACUGACUCCAGCCUCACUGACCCGUGGACCAGACGCGCAUUUUCCUCAGGAGGAAUUAGUGAUGGACGAAUUACUCAGUAAGCAAUCGCAGGAGGAAGACCCGACAGAGGAGACCGAGGAGGACCUCAAGAAGGAGCACGAGAGGUUGGCCAACAAGUACGAGAGUGAGAAGGCGGCGUUGCAGGAAGCCCUAAAUAUCUCGACGAAUUCAUUACUUUCAUUUGCUGGGGGAAAAGAGCCUUCGGAGGAUUGCCAAGCGACUGGGGACCCCUGGGACGGCGAUUUAAUACCCGAGCUGUUGAAGAGACCUUCACCUCUGCCUUCAAUCUCCAAUCUACGAGAGAUUGAUGAGGGGAGAGAUGGAGGGGAAGCCCCACAAAUCGUUGAAAAAAAUCCUAUGCAGAUGGAACCGGAGAAUCAGGAAGAAAUGAGGAAAAGAGAGGAGUAUCUCAAGGAGAGAAGAGACCAAUUGGUAGCACUGAAGAAGCAGGCGCGCUGUCAGUACUUGGAAACAGUCAAGAGACGUCCAAGUACAGCGAGAAAUGUUGCUGAGGCCAGGAUGAAGGGGGAGUCGAACCUUGAGAACACUCCAGCACCGGAUCCAUCGAUUAUUCAAGUGCGUAAGGCACUCGCUGCUCGACUAAAAGCCGAAGUGGUCGAUCCAUAACAACUUCACAUCAUCGAUUGCCCAAGGGAUUUUUACUUCAUUGAUGUUUAAUUAUUUUAAUGAGGAUUAUUCAUUGAGAAGGGGAAUUGAUUGGCUUGCGUAGUGAAUUCGUAGGGGAUGAAGAAGUUGCUAUUGAAUAGAAUGUUGUAUUUAUUGUUCAAUUAAUUAAAUUAUCGUAGAGCAUUUUUGUUAGAAUGAAUUUAAAGGUGAUUGAUUAGAAUUUUUCCUGUUAAUUGUCUCAUUACCUCGAUAAUGAGUGGCUUUAUGGCAAAAUGUGAUAAAAUAUUUUGUUUAGGGAAGCAAAUUUCCUGCAAAAAAAGUCUUCUCACGUUUUUUCGUAAAUUCACUCGUUCACCAGAUAAAUUCACGCGAAUAAGAGCUCUCGCUCUACUAUUUAACGACAGAAUAACAGAUUUCAAGUGCUAAACCGAGCGAAAUAGGGGGGAAAACCGAAGUGCUCCAUGACAAAUGAUUUUUAAAAAUUAUUUUAUAUAAUUUGUGACGCAACACCGAGGUCAGACCGUGAGAAAUGCAGGAAUGACGUCAGUGGCGAGAAAUUUACACAAAAUUAUCUUUAUUGAUACUUGCAUUACUCCCAAGUUUCGAGAAUGUUCGAGUCAUCGAAAACAUUCGAGGAAGUCAUCACGUAAUAGUGAAACAGAUUACUCACGCCGCAAUGCUUUGAGGACCAAUGUGUUUUUAUUUACUCUGUAG